GGUUCAUUCACUCGUACGUAGCUUUUUCAGUUAAUAAAAUUCUUUCCCUUUCGCGCAUCCUGUUUGUGGGACCGAUCAUCAAUACAUAUACUGGUUAAUCGUUUUAGCAGUUUCGCUUUCACGCGGUUUAAUUUCCCCAUUUUUGCUUCCCCCCUUUUGCUUGCCCAAAAUGACCGACGUCGAAAGCGUUGACAACAACGUAGUCGUGGAGGAGAAAACCGUUUUCGAUCACACCACGGCCAUACAGAAGGUUUUGAAGAACGCCCUGGUACACGAUGGGCUCAAAAUAGGAAUCAGAGAAGUCAUUAAGUCCAUCGAGUCGAAGGAGGCCAAGGCAUGCUUCCUGUCGGACGUAUGUUCCGAGCCAGCAUACAAAAAAUUAAUCACAGCUUUGUGUACAGAAAAGAAUAUACCCCUUUUUAUGGUCGAAAAUGACAGCAAGGAUUUAGGCCAGUGGGUUGGCUUGUUCAAAUUAGACAAGGAAGGGAAUGCAAGAAAGAUUAUUGGCGCGAGUUCCGUUUCUAUUAUUGACUUUGGCGAAGAAUCACCUGAGAGAGAUUAUUUAAUGCAACAGAACCAGCCCGCUGCGGCUGCUUAAGAGAAAGGGGGGGGGAGGGACGUAUUGACAACUGGACGACCCCCCUUUUUUUUUUUUUACGCUUCCAACGAAUGCGUGUCGCAUUUUGUGUACCACUGCGUGUGCCUUUCCUUAAGGCAGAGAUAGUAGCACCCGGUUGGGUACCUUUUUUUUUUUUUUUUAACUCUGCAUCGAUACGUUUAAAUGUAAUGUGCCGCUAUUACUACCG